UUACUAUUUUAAUUUUUUUAUGCAUAGUUAAUUUAUCUUGAUUCUUUUCUUCUUAAUUUUACAAUUUUUUCGUAAAUUCUUCUUAGGAUAACUUUGGAUACAUUUUUGAUUGUGCAUAUUCAACAUAUCAGAGCGUAGUUUGCUUUCUUCAUGCUCUUUGCUCAUGGAUACCAUGUUACUUUCUUACUUGGGUUACUUGGUUAUUGAUUCCUUGCGUUGCAUGGGGACCAUAGUAGGAAUUUUUUUUUUGGACAUCAGAAAGGUGCUCAGGUCUCACCAUUAACCAUGUUCAACAGGAUGGUCAUCACGCACUUCUCACGCACGCACUGUUGAUUCAGAUAGUAUGUUAGGAUGUACAUGGAGAAAGGAAUGCUAAGACUGUACUGUCUAGCAACUAGAUAUUGCCAAACCAGAUCCAAGCAUACGUUAACCCUCACUAGAUUCAUCUCUCAACAAGAUGUACAGAAAUACGCUGAUCUAACAGGUGAUAAGAAUCCUAUACAUCUGAGCGGAGCAGAUAGUAUAGUUCAUGGAACCUAUAUUCUUGGAAUUGUCAGUGGAGUGCUAGGAACCAGGCUACCAGGACCAGGUUCAGUUGUAUCUUCUCUUCAAGCCAAGUUCAUUAAACCAUGUCCGGUGAAUACCGAAAUCAGUAUAACUGUGACCUGUGAAAAGCUAAGAAAACUGUCUACAUUGAACUUUCAUGUGACAAACUUAAAGUCAAGUGAAGAAUUAGUCCAGGGCGAGGCGAAAAUUCUGAUUUCUAAGGACAAAAAUGUGUAAAAAAGAAUAAGUUGAACAUUUUUAUUUUCUUUGAAAGUUGAGUGAAAGUAGCAUAAAAAAGCUGCAUACGUUUUGAAAAUAGUGAAAACUGCCAUAAUUAUGAAACAGGUAGCUUCCUUUUCAAAAGAACAAAAGCAGCACAGUAGCAAAGUUUUCAGCAAUGGAAGCAGUUCCAACUAAAAAAGAAAAUGGCAAUCAGUCUAGGAAAAGUUUGUCGGACUUGAUAUUGUUUAAAACCGGUUUAAACGUGAAUUCCUGGUUCUCCUGGUAUAAGUUGAAGGUGUAGGAUGAGUGUUUGGAGCUGUCUAGGAAUACUAGGCCUGGUCUACUGUAUUCUCUACCUACUGGAUACAGUUGCUAGAUACUGGUUUACCAUCAAGUAUAUACGAGCUAUGAGAGGAAUAGGUGUUGAUAUUGGUAUCCUGCAGAUUCGCUGGUUUACGGAGAGGUUUAACCGAGUCUUGAUCAGGUUUGGACGGAGCUGUCCCGGUUUUCUCUCCGCUUGGUUCGGGUUGGGUGCUCUGCUCUCAUCUCUACUCAUCAUACCUUCGGUUUAUAUUCUGAUCCGGACUUUGGUUGGACAGUUUGAAUCAGAGAGUGGAGAAGAUAGAGUUGUGAUCCAACCCGUCCUACCUGGAGUAAAUAUACCAACCUCGGAGCUAGGAUACUACUUUAUCAGUUUACUAGUAUGUUCUGUAUACCAUGAGAUCGGACAUGCAGUAUCUGCUGUGAGCGAGGAUGUUCGAGUUCUAGGGUUUGGAGUAUUCAUUCUCUUUAUCCUUCCUGCAGCUUACGUUGACCUACCCACUGACCAGCUUAGGAAUAAAACUAGUCUCCAACGACUAAGAGUGUUUUCUGCCGGAGUCUGGCAUAAUAUAAUUCUAGUGUUUGCUGGAUAUCUGGUUCUGCAAACCUUACCAUUCUUCUCCGGGCCCUUGUAUACAUACAGAACUAGUCUUUGUGUUACAUACGUCAACCCGGAGUCAUCGGUUACCGGGCCCAGUGGGUUAAAACAAGGAGAUGCUUUAACUGCUGUAUCUGGAGAAAUAAUCAGAUCUAAAAAUGAAUUCAGAGACUGGAUAGUUCACUCGAUGCAGAACCCUAAUCCUGCCUACUGUAUUCAAACCUGGAGUCUCGAUAAAGUUAAAUUAUCCUCUGCUCAAAUCAAUCAGAACAACGAGUGCUGUGAAAAUGUUGCCAAUUCUCUGUGUUUCCGCACCGGAGGUGAUACUAGUUUGCGGACCGGAAGUGAUACCAGUUUGCGGACCGGAAGUGGGUUAAGUUGCCUCCAUGUCAGAGAUUUUCUAAGUUUAGCAAACCGAACUCACUCCAACUCUACCCACUGUGAUAAAGACGAAUCAUUGGUAACGCACAUUUUCGGGACGAAUCACACUAAAUUCGUCCAAGUGAGCCGACAGGACGAUAAGGAUUUUCUAUUCGUCGGUAACCCUGCUUUAAUCUACUCGUCUAUACAAGUAUCCGAGUACUGUCCUAAGUAUGGAGUGGCUCCCAGUUCCCUUCCUGAUCAGGUUGAGAAGAUGUGUAAUUAUAUAAUAUCCUUCUCCAGCGCCUUAGCAGUCCUUAAUGUAAUUCCCUCCAUGCUCCUUGACGGUCAGCACAUGAUGCAGGUUCUCCUAGAAUUACUGUUGAAAGGAGAGUAUACUAGACAUAGAGAAAUCCUUCAGUUUAUAUUAACCCUAUUGGGAACUCUACUGGUUGCUGGAAAUAUUCUGGUUGGAUUCUAUACCCUGGGUAUGGAUAUCCCUGUAAACAGUAUUAUCCUGAUAUCCUCUAGUCCUCUACUCUCUGGUCUACUCUCCAACUCAAGCACAGAUAAGAUCAUUCUUGAAGGAGUUUCUGAAAAACAGUGUCGCCACCUCGUGGAGUUUAUGUACACUGGUCACGUGAGCAGAAUACACGAAACUGAGAUACCUGAACUACUGUUGGUUGCACGCUGCCUACAAAUUAACGGAAUUCUCGCUUCAUUGCGCGUUCCUGUUGAUUGUAAGCCGCAAGUUUCUCCAGAGAAGACAAUUCCCACUUAUCCCGAUCCAUUCUCUCCUCCUGCUGUCCCUCCUAUGGAUGAGGAUGAAGAAGGAGCAGAUGAUGUGUUUGUGGAUGAUAAUGCUGUAGAUCUAUCAUCUGCUAACAGAAGUCUCGAGAAAAGUGCAGAACCUAGGGUUGUAAAGAGAUUAGCCUCCCUCAGUAAGAUAUCUGAGGCUCUUUCCAGGUUAUCCAGUGGGUCUAAAUCAUCUGUUGAAUCUGACUCUACUCCUGUCGGAGAAUCUGACCAUACUCCUGUCGGAGAAUCUGACCUCGACUCUCAGCCUCGGAUCAAGAAACCUAGGCCUCUGACAGGUCUCCCAGGUCCGGAGGAUCCGGCAACUAAAACUAAAACUCCUCGAACUCCUUUGAUCCCAUCCCCAGACUCUCGUAUCACAGAGGAACGGUUUCGACAAUUUCUGGACUCGUGUAGUGCGGAGCAACAGGAGAAACUACGGAACCUGUCAGUUUCUAGUUCAGAUUUUAAUUUUAACGAUUGUUCUUCUCUACCUAAUACUCCGGGAUACAAACAUAAACAAUUCAACAUUCCAGAAAUCCAGAUGAAAGAGGAGAAUCCAAGCUGUUUAAAUCCCAACCCCGGUGAAUCUAGUCAAAUCCAGAUAUCCAGCUCUUAUUCAGUCCGAAUUCCCGAUCCUUCACGGUUAUCCGACCCUGUCCGGAUACCCGAGUUCACACUGUCAUCCAGUUCUUCUAGUCUCGCCCACUCAGGAGCAGGAGUCAGUGGGUCAGAGCAGUCUAGUCCUAACAGCAUACCUGUUAUUAAUAUUAUCAAACCUGAACCACCAGACCUAGAAUCAUUUUCUAUUAGUGUUGAGAGUCCUGAGGAUGGAUCUGUAUUACCGGAUGCAAACAGUAAUAUUAAAUAUGAAGCUGAAGACUCAUCUAGACUAGGAUUCUACUUUCCCACCCUCUCUCUCCCUCUAGCCCUACCCUACCCUCAAUACCUACUCAGUAGGCUGGAUGAACAGAAUAGUCUUUACUCUAGAGAGUUUAAAUCUAGUUUUAUCAGUAAUCCUCACAGUGCUUUCACCCCAACCCGACCUGACAAUUCACAGUUUAGGUCGCAGGAAUCCGCUAAACCAAAGCAGGUCUUUAAAUGUCAGAAAUGCGGGAAAUGUUACAACUGGAAUUAUAACCUCAACAGACAUAUCAGGUUCGAGUGCGGAAUAGAGAACAAGUUUGAGUGCUCAAUGUGCAAUAAAAGAUUUCCAUACAAGCAGAACGCAGCAAUUCAUUUAAGACGGAAGCAUAAAGUACUUCUGGAGACGGCCGACGAUAUGUUAAAUGCCGGCCAAAUUGUUCAGCUGGGUGGAAAACCGAUGCAAAUGCAAUAGUAUUUUCUAGUCAAAAUAAAUUUUCUUUCAUA